AAGUCCGCGGUCACACUGCAAACAUGGCGUCGUCGUUUGGUUGAUUUUUUGUUGUUGUCUAAGAAAAUGCAGAAAUUUUGCACUGAAAUUGUGUGAAAUGUGAGAUUGAUUAAAGUGAUAGGCCCAAAGCAUGCAAAUUGAGCACCCGAUCCGCAUUUCCAGCAUUGUAGCCAUCGCAUCGAGAGCAACGUUGCCACGGGACUGGCCCUGGGGAUAUGGCUGCGGCGGCUGCAGCACCUGCGAACUCAAACGCACCUGCACCUCCGUCGGGCGUUAGCUCUGGCGCAACGGGAGUCGGGGCCAUAAGCGGCGCCCAGUUUCGCGAAAUACACAAGAAUACGUGGUUGAAAAGACUGACGACCGAUGGAAAGAAACUAACCGUCGGACCCAAGAAAUCAGAGUGCAGCUGGGUGGUGUUCUGCGUGCACGAUGACACGGAGGCCCUGCUGGAGGGCUAUGCAGAGCCGCGCCAGGCAGCCGGCCACAUGCCAGAGUGGGCGGUGUCAUUGCGGGAGACGCUGCACAUAUCGCACGCCCUGAUCCCCAAUUCGCACGAGUUUGAAUUUGUUGUAACGCUUAGCAAUGAAGUGUUGCGCUUUCAUGCCGUGUCAUGGGAAAUUAUGCAAGAAUGGGUGGAAACGCUGCGUUCGAAGUUGCGCGAAAUGAAAAUUCUGUCGCCGCGCGAAAACCUCUAAACAAAGUUACCUGAAGUUCGCGCCCCCUUGCUGCCCACACGGGAUCCCACAUCCCCGCUGCCGCCGCCCCCCCAGUGCCGGCGGCCCUAGUGCCGGGAGUGGAGCAUGUCGUUGCUGCUCAUCAACCGCACCCGCAGACGCAGCAUCAUCUGCCAGCAAGUGAACAGGCAGCCUCAAGUCCUGCUUCCACUCCGGUUCCAACUGCGGCUGCAGUACCACCAGCCACAGCCAUGUCCAACACAUUGACCCAGCAUCUGCUCAACAUGCUCUCCGAUCCCAUUAGCACCUACAGCGAGCAAAUAAGCGAGACCGCGACGGCGUCAGUGCCCCCCAAUAGACCCGAAGACGAGGAGCAGGCCACCGAUGAGCCCCAGCAAUUGAACUCUGCCAGUGAUGCGGACGUGAACCUCUCUGAUGAUGAAUUCCUGUCGCCUCUUCUCCGAAGGGCCUGCGUCCUCACGGACAGUGGCGUGCGGGUCGAUGUUGUGGCAGCCACAGCACAGCGUGCCUCUGCGGAUCAAAUCUUAAAUCUGGAACAUAUGCUGCAAUGUGAACGCCUAAUACCCAGGUAAAAUACCCAGGACUCUCCCUUUUUACAAAAUCUCCGACAUCUGCUGGCAGCUCCGCUUCAAGAACUUGAGGACAGCCUCCUUUGUGCUGUCGUUGCCCAUGUACUUCCAGACGAAGUGCUUGCGGAGCACCUCCAGGUACCUCAGGGCGGACUGGGCCAGCUCUUUUUCCUGGGCGACGAGUUUUCGCUCCAUAAUCUUGCCAUAAUGCUCGAUGGAGUCGGCGACAACAUUGUCGUACUUUACGCUAACUUCCUGCACCACCAGGUCGCGUUGUUUUUGCUUAUAGCCAUUGAUGGAGUCACGCAAUAGCGUAUCGAACAUCGUGUCAAGCUUCUCCACUUGCGCCAAAUCUUUCUCGUCCUGACCCAACGGACUGAACAAGGUCUUAAAGAAUUGGCUCUUCGCAUUGGCAUCUUCUUUGGUGCACAGCAGUUUGAGAGCCAUAGUGGCGGAGGAGGCGAGUAUUUGCAUAUCUUCUUCCGCAUCCCUCGUCUCCAUCUCCAUUUUCUUUAAUUUAUGUUUUCGCUGCUGAAGCUCGUCUUCAAGACCCUGCAGUUUCUUCAGCUCGCUGCGCAAAGCAGCAUUUUCCUUUAACAAUUGCUGGUUGCGCUCAUGUAUAUCGCUGUCCAACUCGCUCAUCGAGAUGGUGCUCUUUUCUGGGCUGACCCCCGACUCCAGAUUGUCGUCAUCCACGUCAUUCGACUCUCUCAUCUCAUCGCUGCGCUGCAUUAGUGCGCGCAAAUCCAUGUGGAAGCUGGUUGGAUCCGUGAAGGGAUAGCCAAUGUUGCUUUUCCUGUUCAGCUGUGUGUGGAGCUGCAGCAGCAUCCAAUUGCGCUCGAACCUAACCUCGGGCGAGGCGUUAUGGAAAAUGUUUAACCAGCGAGUGCAUGUUGGAAAUAAUGAACAGUCGUUGAACUGUUUAAAUAAAUAUCAUCACAUUGGCCUUGAGUCAGUUCAAACUCUUGGAAAAAAUGGAAA